UACAUGGCACGCUUAAUCGGAUUUAAUAACAUCCACAGUUAUGAAAUUGACCAAUCAUAGAUGUUACUCGAAAGAAUAACUGGCCAGUUUCAUAACUAUGGAUAUUAUUAAACCCGAUUAAGCGUGUCGUGUAGCAGAGGUCUGUGACACUCAUAAUAAUGUUAUAUUGAUCUUUGAGCACCAUUGUUUCUUAUUAUAGAAAAAAAUAUGAAUAUUUCCAUAUAGUGCGCGCACAGAAGUUUAUAGUAAUAUUGUGUUAUAUUGCAUAUUGCAACAUAUUAGGUAAGAUUUUCCCUAAUAUUUAGAUAGACCUUCAGGCGGAGCGCUAGUAUCUAAUUUUUGUUAUUUAUGCUUCAUUUGAUUUUAUUUAGACUUAGAUAACGAAGAAAUGCAGACGUUUCAGUUCACGAGCCGAGUUUUGUACAGUGACCCACAUUGUGCAACAAGUGGAACAUCAAGUUAUAACUACAAAGGACUUUCUAAAUAGAAAUUGCACCGUAGAGAUUCUCUUUCUAAGUACACUUCGCAUAGACUCGUUAGACAGUUGCCUCUUGCACUCUUUUAACGUUGAAGCACAAACUAAGAAAUGGAUACAAAUAUUAUGCGUCACUUUUUCAUCUUUAACUCAGUGAAUAUAAUAUUAAUGUCAUUAUCAUUCAAUUUCCUGGAAUCUUAUUUACCUACGUUGAUAAAACGUGCCUUUCUCUAUGGCAAAUUUAGUGUAAAAACGCCUCACACUAUAGCAGCAAAACUCGAAGUGCCCAAAAGAUGGUUUAGACAUUUUUACAUAUUUUGUGCACCACUGAUGACUAUUACUCUUUGCUUACUUUCUUACAAAAAUCUCUAUAAUGUAAAUAUACCUGAAAUUGUGUUUACAUUGUUAGACACAUUAUUAGGAACAUCCAGAAAACCAUUAAUAUCAGCAGAAGAUGCAUUUCUGGCUGUUGUCAUACUUAACAUACAUUGUUGGAAGAGAUUUUAUGAGUCAUGUUUCAUUAAUGUAUAUAGUAAUCAAAAAAUACAUGUAUUCCUUUAUUUCAUUGGAUUUGCGCAUUAUAUCGGAAUAAUUCUGUGUAUAUUAGGCGAAUCUGGAGGAUUUGUUAAAGAUUCGCAUGCGAUCUUGUUCCUACACAAAGUUACAACAGUAAAACUAGUUUGUGCAUUUAUAUGUUUAUGGGCGUCAUAUGAACAAUUGAAAACAAAUUUUAUUCUUGCAAGACUACGUAAAAAUUCUCAUGGUGACAUCGUAUCUCUUGAACAUAAAAUACCAUUUGAUGGUCUAUUUAAGUAUAUAGCAGGUCCAUUGCAAUUGUGCGAAGCAAUUGUAUAUUUAAUGCUCUCCAUGAUUCUUUGUCAAGCUUCUACAUUUCAUUACAUUACUCUUUGGGUUAUAUCAAAUCAGGUGGUAUGUGCAUAUUUAUCUGAUCAAUGGUACCGUAAAACAUUCACAAAUUAUCCAAAAGAAAGAAAGAUUAUAAUUCCUUACAUAUGGUAAAACUUUUAUUACGAAACAUAUUAUUAAUUGAAAACGAUAUAUUCAAUAAUUUACAUAUUUAGUUAUAAUAUGCAAAACAAUAAUAGGUAUACUAAAAAUGAAUAAAUAAAAAUUCUAAUGAA